CUCGGCCAUCGGGCGGGCUGGCAGACAACUUCCGGUUCCGGCAGGGAGAGCGGGCGCGGGAUAUUUGAAAGUUCUGCUCGGAUCGCGGCGGAAUACACUCGGAGAACGCGGGGAUUUAACGCGGGGAAGGCGCAGUGCCGAUACACAGGGGGCUCUGUCUGUCUCAGUAAUGGACGUCCAUCCUGCAGCAGUCCCUGUGUGUGUCCUGUGAGACGGGCAUGGUCCGAGCCGCCAUCCGGAGGCUAUCUGAAAGCAUGUCUUCCCCGAGACAGCGACCCAGCGGCUCUGACACCCAGCCACAAACAUGUAUGUUAUCACACCCGUGUACCAUGAUGGCACUGGCCUCACAUACACCUACUGCAGGUUAAUGUCUAUGGGCACUGCAGCAUUUAUUAUAUAUAUAUAUUAAUGGGGCUGAAACCUUAUUAAAGUAUGAGCUUGUUAAUGCUACCUAUAUUAUCAGUAUUUAUUAACCCCCUGUGCUAGUUCAGUGGGAGCCCAUUUGCUGGAGCAUGUAUAUGGUAUUUACCAGGCCCACAGGCAAAUGGGUCACUCGUAAUUCUAUUAAGUAAAAUAGGUUGCAGGCAGCGUGUGUAAUUGGAGUCACUGCUGACACAGCAUAGGAAUCACUGACCUACGUGAAUAUCUAAGACGACAUCUCUGUUAUGGGGUUUCUGCCAUCAUCAUUAAUUUUGGGUCAGGCAAGCCAUAACGCAUCCUUUCAUAGUCUAUACCUGGCUGCAUUUCGUGAUGUUGUUAGUUAUGAUGGCUUUUGCCCCUUUCCAAUGCUUCUCAUAUUUAUUUUCAAACGAUUUUCUGCCUGACCUCCUCCUGUGGUGUUUUUGGUGCUUACAAUCUGCAAAACUCCUUUAAGAAAGGUAGUAAGGAGGAGUGGGGCAACUAUAGGCCAGUAUGCCUUACUUCAGUAGUGGGGAAAGUAAUGGAAACUAUGUUAAAGGAUAGGAUUGUUGAACAUCUAAAAACUCAUGGAUUUCAUGAGCAGGGACAACAUGGGUUUACUUCAGAGAGAUUAUGCCUAACUAAUCUUAUUGAUUUUUUAUUUUUUGGGGGGUAACUAAAAUUAUAGAUCAGGGUGGUGCAGUAGACAUUGCUUACCUAGAUUUCAGUAAGGCUUUUGACACUGUUGCACAUAGAAGGCUAAUCAAUAAACUGCGAUUUUUAAUUUUGGAUUCCAAUAUUGUUGAAUGGGUAAGGCAGUGGCUGAGUGACAGGCAACAGAGGGUUGUAGUUAAUGGAAUAUUUUCGAAGCUUGGACUUGUCACCAGUGGGGUACCUCAGGGAUCUGUACUUGGACCCAUUCUCUUUAAUAUUUUUAUUAGUGAUAUUGCAGACGGUCUUGAUGGUAUGUCUUUUUGCUGAUGAUACUAAGAUAUGUAACAGGGUUGAUGUUCCAGGAGGGAUAAGCCAAAUGGCAAAUGAUUUAGUUAAACUAGAAAAUUUGUAGCAACUGAUAUUUAAUGUGAACAAGUGCAAGAUUAUUCAUCUAUAGUCUGUCACUGCAGGCUUUACAAUGUAAACUCUGCCUUUUCAGAGAAAAGGCAGUGUUUAUAUUGCUGCCCAGUAACACUUCUAGUGGUAGUCACUUAAACAGCCACUAAAGUGUCUCCUAUCUCAGUUCUUCACACUAUGUAGCACCUAAAUUCAGUGUCUCAACGCUCUGCAUGGAAGCGCUGAAUAUUCAUCUUAGAAAUGCAUUGUUUUAAUGCAUUUCAAUGGAGAUGCUGAUUGGCAAUUAAUUCUCAACUAUGGAGGCGGGCCAGUUGUGGAGAGACUGGCAUUAUGUGGGGGGGGGUGAGUAAAAACACCAUUCCCAUGCGAUCGGAAGGGGGUUGGUGACCUAAACAUGCACAUAGAUAUUUUUAGCCACCCUCCUGUUACUUACUUUUGGCCUCAGUAGGGUGGCUUCCCUAGGGUCCAGUGAAACAGGGCAACAGAAGGGGCAUCAGAUUAGUGGGGAUGGCUGCUGGUGAUGGAAGUAGGCUGCCGCUGUUCUAGACUCCCUCCUUCCCCAUUCUUCCUGUCUCUUCAGCCUCGUGCAGCUUUCUGUAAGCUGGGAGGAAGUGAAAGGAACUGUAAUUACUUCCUCCCGGGGCUGAGGCCGCGCAUGGGAAUGGGUGAGUGGCUUGCUCUGUGAACGAAGGCGGAUGGUAAGCAGUACUGUCUUUACCUGGUGCCUUGCCAGCUUGCAAUUCCCCUGUAAGGCCUCAGCGCUGGGAGGAAGGAAUACAUUUUUUUUUAUUGAGGAAAAUUGUCACUUUUUUAUACCUGGGGUCUCCACAUGAGUUCCACGGGGAUAACACAAUGGUGACAUCUCUGGCACCUUGGUGUCUGUGCCUGAGCUGGUAAUUUAAUUAGAGGCCAGGCACCUCGCCCUGGGUCACAGAAUACAUGUCUCGUGUUCCCAUGUCCACAAAACCACUGUCCACAGAAAGCUUGGAUCAGAGCUCCCACUUAGUCCAAAAAGCACCUGGAGUAUCCAGGGCUCGAUAACGCUGGGUAGAAUGUUCCUGUAUCCUUAGAUGAUGGCAGUUUCCAUGAGUACAUGGAGCUACCACAAGUUCUUGGUAUAGUUGGAUGCCUCACCACCUCUUGUCUCCCCUCCAAUUGGCUCCCUGAUUCGUGGUUCUGGAUCUGAGAGCGCUCUUGGCAAAGGUUUACUGGACUGCGGCAAUCAGUUGUUCCAGGCGAGUUGGAGGUGACUUUGUCACACGUGUCUCAUCGGCUCCCUGCCUGGCACUCGUUAGCUCCUGGGAAGGGCAAAGCGGGCACUAGGUUGGGAGACACAUAUUGUAGGUGGAAUGUCAGUGAUAAGGUGAGAUGUGGUUGGGAGCCAUGUACCAUUCUUUUAAAAAAGAUCUCUGAAAGUUCGCAUUUAAUAAAAUGUAUAAUCCAUUCUCUAAUAUGGCAGGCAAAUGUUUUUUUUGUUUUUUGUAGGGGGGGGUUUCUCCUACAUAAUUUUCAAUACAAUUUAAUAUAAUUACAUUGCUGAAAAGAGACUUGCGCCCAUCAAGUUCAGCCUUUCUCACGUAUGGUUUUGCUGUUGAUCCAUAUCAAAGCAUAUUUUUAAAUAUGCUUUCAUAUUCGCUUCUCUGGCUAUGAGUUUCAAAUUCAGUUUGAAUUCUCACUUUGGUGAAUAAUCCAUUAUAUGUUCUCACCAUACUAGUGAAAGCUGUCACUGUUUACUAGUAAUCAACCAUUCUUCUAUUACAGGUAUAACUUCACCACUAAAGAGAAGAUCUCAUAGAAAGCUAUCUAGCAGUAAUGCUCCAGAGAUUACUUCUCCAUUAAACAGCAGCUUGCAGAGAAAAGUAUCCAAUGUCAAUGCUCCAGAGAUGACCUCUUCAUUAAACAAAAGCUGUAAUAGAAAGUUAUCUAACUGCAUUGCUUCAGAGACUUCUCCAUUAAACAUAAGCUCCCAGAGAAAGUCAUCCCGCACCAGUGCUUUAGAGAAUACUUCUCAAUUAAACAGAAGCUCCCAGAGAAAGUCAUCCCGCACCAGUGCUUCAGAGAAUACUUCUCAAUUAAACAGAAGCUCCCAGAGAAAGUCAUCCCGCACCAGUGCUUCAGAGAAGACUUCUCAAUUAAACAGAAGCUCCCAGAGAAAGUCAUCCCGCACCAGUGCUUCAGAGACGACUUCUCAAUUAAACAGAAGCUCCCAGAGAAAGUCAUCCAGCACCAGUGUUUUAGAGAAUACUUCUCCAAUAAACAGAAUCUCUCAGAGAAAGUCAUCCCGCACCAGUGCUUUAGAGAAUACUUCUCCAAUAAACAGAAGCUCCCAGAGAAAGUCAUCCACCAGCAAUGGUCCAGAGAUGACUUCUCCAUUAAAGAGAACCUUGCAUGGGAAUUUAUCCAGUGGCAACAGUCCAGAAAGGACUUCUCCACCAGUCAUGCGAUCACAGGAGAAGUUAUCCAGCAACCAUUCCCUUCAAGAGAACCUUACAUCAAAGAAAAUAUCCCAGAAUGUGUUCUCGAUCAACACCACUUCAGACAAUUUGGUAUAUAUAAAAUUAUAUGUUCUGCAUGUUAUUUUCUCUUGCAUGAGUGCAUGCACUAAAAAAAAAAACAUAAGAAUUUUAAAAACUUGCGUUUCAUAACAAUCUCUCCUUAGUGCCUGGUAAAUAUUUUGUAUGCGUUAUCCUGUUUAUGUGGAAAAGAACACUAUGGUCAGUGCUCAUUUACACAUACUUUUUUUUUUUGGUUUGUUUUUGUUACAAUUCAUUUUAAAAGUUAAAAAAAGCCUAAAGUACAAACCAGAAAUCCAUUGAAUAUUGAAGACUUGGCUCAAGUUUUUGUUUUUACGGAUUGUUGUAGAAGUAAGACUUUGCUCCAUAGCUUUGCCUUGAGUAAGAUUCAUAUGAGUUCUUUUAACCAUCUUAUUUUAUAAUUCUGAUAAAAUGCUUUUAGUAUUUUUCUGUAAGCAAAUUAGUAUUUGUGAAUAUAAUAGACAAUAUUUUUAGCACUCAUCAGUUGUGGUGUAUAUCGCUUUAAAAUUCUCACAAUGUAAAAAAGAUCAUAUAACAAGAAUAUAGUGUAAUACUGCAGGUGAUCCGUUUUUAGAACAUCAAUACAAUGGUGCUACUCACAUAUGGGAGCCUAUGAGGAAUAUCCCCCGAGCUGUAGAACUUUGUACCAUUUAGGCUCUAGAGGGUGGUACCUCUGUUUCUUUAAAUAUGAUCAACCUUCUUUCUUUCUUUCCUUUGUAUAUUCUCUUGUAAAUGGCCAAAAGCAUGAAAAUUACACCAUGAUCCCAGCACUCAAAUUGUCUUUAGAAUGCCCAGGUGCCAGCCAUAAUACUGGAGUAAAGACGAGUGCACUCUGGGGUCUGUAGAAAGUAUAGAUGCUUUUAUUCAGCACAAAUCAUACAUUGACGUUUCAGUCCAACCGGACUUUUCUUUUCUCAAGACAGUCUUCAGAAAAGUCCCACGUGAUGCUUUGCUGACGUCCGAAUGUGUUUUGUCCAAUCAUUGGUUUCCUCAGAUGAUGUCAGUCCUAUUGCUUUGUCUGUAUUUCACUUUACAUUGACACUCCUUUACCCUAUUGGAUGAUCAUUGUAUUGGGUCAUGUCUUGAUUCUCUGCAAACCAUCAAAUAAACAAUGCAGCAGAUCUCAUCCGAUUAUUUUGUUUACAAGUCUAAAGUUUGUUUAACUUGCAUAACAAAGCCCAUUGACUGCAUCUAACAACAUAGCUCACAUUUAGAAGAUUGUUUAUUAGCAAACACUCUUCUACUUUUAAAGGACCACUAUAGCCACCCAGACCACUUCAGCUUAAUGAGGUGGUCUGGGUUCCUGGUCCAGCUAGGGUUAACCCUUUUUUCUAUAAACAUAGCAGUUUCAGAGAAACUAUGUUUAUAAAUGGGUUAAUCCAUCCUCUAGUGGCUGUCUCAUUGACAGUCGCUAGAGGGCUUCCGCGCUUCGUGAGAAGACGCAGCGUCUAUAGGAAAGCAUUGUGAAUGCUUUCCUAUGGACUGGCUGCGCGCGCGGCUCCUGCCACGCAUGCGCAUUCAACCGAAGAGAAGGAGGAGAGCUCUCCACCCGGCGCUGGAGAAAGAGGUAAGUUUAACCCCUUCCUCCCCCUUCAGCCCGAUGGGAGUGGGACCCUGAGGGUGGGGGCACCCUCAGGGCACUAUAGUGCCAGGAAAAUUUGUGUUUUUUUCCUGGCAGUAUAGUGGUCCUUUAAAAUACAGUAAGAUUUGUAGAACGCCAAAGCCUUGGAUACCUUAACAUAUAUUUAACAUAAGAGGAAAAUAAAGAAAAACAUUUCAAAUGCAAAAACUUAUACUAAUUCUGUAUCUAAGUGAUCGUACAUCUACAAACAACUAUAAAUCAAAACUUGGGGAUACUACAUAUUAAGUUAAAAGGAAAUGUAGUAUAUAUUUUAGUUAAUAAUAUAAGUCAACAAAGGCCGUGUACCCGCAAAUGCUGAUCAGAUGAAAGUGCUAUAGACUUGUUACAAUAUCAUUGUGCUUAAUCGCCUGGCACACAUCUUGCAUCUAUCAAAGAUUGUCAUCUUUUUUUAACAUGUGCACUCAUAGAGAAUUUUAAAGAAAUACACACUUCUGUUUAAGAUCUAAAAACAUAAAAUGUAUGUGAGCAAAGUGUAGCGCCUUUUGUGAAGACUAAUCAAAAAUGAUCUAUUUAGUGUGUACUCCUACUUGUUUGUUUUUCUGGUUGGAUAAAACACAGCUGCUCCCUUUUUAAUUUUUCUUAUUGUAUUUUUUUUAUUUAUUUUUUAAUCCAGUGUGUUCUGAAAUAAGAAGUAUUAAGUUAAGCAGAAUUGUGUUUUUUUUUUUUUUAAACUUUUCUAUGGUAUUUACGUUUUUAUAUAUUUUUUUAUUUCAAAAUGUAGAUGCCUGCGCCUAUAUUCAGACGACCAAUCACAGCCAAGAAAAUAAUGCCCAGGAAGACUCUGGUAAGGAUAUCCUUCUCUUGCUUAUGAAAAAAACACACAAAUAUAUAAUUUGUGUAUAUUACAUGCCAUCUUUUUGUAUUAAAUUAAAUUUGCAUUUUAUUCACAAAAUGUAUAAAUCAAAACUCACCACAAUACAAAUGUAAAAAUGGUGAGUAAAGUACAUAAUAUACUUAUCUAUAUAAUAGACAGUGUCGCUAAGAUCACUUCCCAGGUGGUGAUCCUAUAUCAACUGGAAUACAGACAAAAAUAUAUGGGAUACGGCUUAGAAAAGGAUGAAGGUAUUAAAUGCACUCAAAGAUGGUGAUGGGGGACUAUUAAUCCCUCUCCUCGGUCUGUGUAUGUCACUGCUUUAAGUGUUUAUGAUUUGUUUUAAUUUUAAUGUCCUUGAGGAAGUCUCACGUCUGGGACGAAACACGUUGGACCAUAAUUGCUGUUUUUAAAGGAUCACUAUAGGGUCAGGAACACAAACAUGUAUUCCUGACCCUAUAGGUGUUAAAACCACCAUUUAGCCCCCCUGGGCUCCUUAUGCCUCCAUAAAUAUAGCAAAAUCUUACUGUAUUCAAGCCUGAAGCUGUGGAUAUGCAUGCUGUUUGCCUCAGAAAAAAAAGCUGUCUGCUGACAUCAGAAGUGGUGGCCUGAUCCAAUUACAGUGCUUCCCCAUAGGAUUGACUGACUGAGACUGACAAGGAGGCAGAUCAGGGGCAGAGCCAGCAUGAUUCAAACACAGCCCUGGCCAAUCAGCAUCUCCUCAUAGAGAUGAAUUGAAUCAAUGAAUCUCUAUGAGGAAAGUUCAGUGUCUGCAUGCAGAGGGAGGAGACACUGAAUGUUUGGAUGCAUUUUAGGCAGCCAUUACCCAGGAAGGAUCUCUUAACAGCCACCCGAGGAGUGGCCAGUGAAGUUAUCACUAGGCUGUAAUGUAAACACUGCAUUUUCUCUGAAAAGACAGUGUUUACAGCAAAAAAGCCUGAAUGUAAUGAUUCUACUCACCAGAACAAAUUCAAUAAGCUGUAGUUCUGGUGACUAUAGUAUCCUUUUAAGCAUUAUACAGGUGCCAUUUCACCUUUUUAUUUAUAAUUAAGCAAAUUUUUUUCAAUCUACCAUCUGGAUUCCUGAUUUACAGCGUAAUACACGGACUGAGGAGAGGGAAUAAUAGCUCCCCAUCACCAUCGGGGGAGGCACCCUUUGAGCGCGUUUAAUACCUUCAUCCUAUUCUACAGCCGUAUCCCAUAUGUUUUAGUCUGUAUUCCAUUGUAUUGACAUGUAUGAGCGAUUCCCAUUGAAGAUGUGGUUGCAUCUUCUUGGAUCUGUCUUAAAAAAUUUUGACACCAUAAUCGUUGUAACCAUUCAAUAGACCUGUCACUGUGCCACUCACUCUCCUUUUGGUUAUACUUUCUUUUGAGUGCUCCUGUAGAAAAAUAACUAAAUAGAUUCAUGAACAGGAUUUCAGUUGAUUUCAGAAUACAAAUUACUUAUGUGUAUAUAUACAAUAUAGCAGGCCACAUAUGCACAAAUGCAACAUUACAAAGCACCUACUGCACCCAUAAAUAACAGCACAAUAUGGCAACGUAAACAAUUGAAAUAAAAAAUAGGCACUCCAAGAUCUCGUUUUGGCACGGUACUACCAAAAGGUUGCCUACUCUUGACCUAUUCCCUACAAUGUUUUGCUUUUCACACAAGUUUUAUCUUCCUAGGGAAUUUUGCAGACUGCGUAUAUCAAACUAUUGUAAAGACCCCAUAUUUAUAUUCAGCUACUGCUCACAAGCUCACUAAUACCCCUCAUGUAUUCUUUUAUCCGGCCUUUGAGAGACACACAGAGUUGAGUAGAAUUGUAUUCAAUGUUUGUUUCUCUUUUCAUCUAUUUUUAGGCUGCCAUUGCUUCCUUUCCACCUGUGUCCACUCCCAAGGUAAGUUUUCACAAGAUGGUAUUUUCUUUAAAGUAUAUUUAUAAAUAUUCAACAAGUAACAAACCCUUAAAGAUGAACUGUCACUUGGCUAAUUUCAGCACAACCAAGUAGAUAACUAAAAGUGAGCUAUUGGUAAUGUUAAAGACUAUCUGCUCUGUGCUAAUGAGGAAGCUUUAGCCUAAGCAGCCAUGUGUGGCUGUGAUUGGCUGAGAGUUAUCAGCUGACUGAUUUCUGCAUAUCAAGGUGCCCAUUGCUGAUAUGAAUUGGCAUGGUUAGAAGAAAGUGUGUAAUAUCUGCCUUACCUCCAGUGGGCUGUGGGUGGACAGAAACCCUUAUAUAGUGACUGGACAAGCGCCUCUAGUGGUAUAUUUAACCCUGCAGUGUAAACAUUGCAGUUUCUAAAUAUAAUUGCAAGGUUAAUAUGACAGAACUGCACCCAGACCACUUCAUUGAGGUGAAUAUGUAUGGGUGACUUUAGCGGUCCUUUAACACUGAAUAAAGGUGUGGUGUCAUGGACUCUAGAAACUAUAAUCCAGUUAGAUGAAAUGGUUAUACUACAUACAGUGUUCAAUUAAUAUAAGUGAUUGCAUUGCAAAUGUAUAUUACUGUGAGGGAAAGCAAUGUGAUUUGAAGUACAAUUUGCAUUUUUAUUUUUAUUUUAUUUUUUAUUCGAUUGUCCAUAAAACAUAUAUAGCAUGUAGAGCUUUGUUGAAAGAGGAUGGAGACAGAGCAGAGGGGGACUUAUGGUGACUUUCAACUUUGAACUAAUAAUGGCGCUUGCUUGCAAGUAAUGUUAAUACAAUAGUCUGCCCAGCAGGAUUUAACGUCAUACAAACUUGGGAACCCAAAACUAUAGUGGUUUUAUCAUAAUUGGCAUCUCAUUAAAUAUCAGUAAACAAAACCUCAAUUUACAUCCAUGGUGGGGAUUUUUUUUUUAUAUAUAUCUAUAUCCUCUCCUAGAUUUUAACUUAUUUUUCCUCUGUUUUCAUCAGGUUAUAACUGCUACAGCUACUUUAAGGAGAAGUUCAAGGGUAAGUACUACGGGAACUCUAUAGACAUUUGCAGAACUACUAAUGGCCAGAACUCAUCAGGUGUCCUUCAUAUAUCAUGCCACAUGAUAGGCAAAUCUGAUCAGGAGCCCUGUCGGGCGAAGUAGCCGGUCCCUGUUAGAUGGGCAGUGCUGGGAGGAAGUGAGUUCAGGACUACAAUACACAUAAAUGCAACACUGCACAUAAACACACCCCAGCAUUCAAACGCUACACACAAAUACCAAUGCAUUCAAAUGGCAACACUACAUAAAUAUACACCACUAAAUUCACACACACUCCAUACAAGACAUGCUUAUAUUCAAACACUGCUCAGAAAUACAACCCUGCACCGAUGGGCAGAUGGUAGAUCUCACGCUGGCAAAGCAUUGUGGUAGUUACAUAAUAGCUGAGGAUCUAUCUUUUAGAUACAUUUGUGGUAGAGGAGGCCUAAAAUUUUUUUGCACCAGUGCCCUCUAAGCAUUAGUUCGGUAACUGUCUGUAGAAAACCUACUGCACCUAAUGUUUCGAUACUACUGUAUAUACUCGAGUAUAAGCCGACCCGAAUAUAAGCCGAGGCCCCUAAUUUUACCCCAAAAAACUGGGAAAACUUAUUGACUCGAGUAUAAGACUAGGGUGGGAAAUGCAGCUACUGGUAAAUUUCUAAAUAAAAUUAGAUCCUAAAAAAAUUAUAUUAAUUGAAUAUUUACGGUGUGUGUGUGUGUGUGUGUGUAUAUAAUGAGUGCGGUGUGUGUGUGUGAGUGCAGAGCCUUGGUGGGGGGUGGGCAUUUUUAUUAUUUUUCUUAAAUUAUUUUAAUUUUUUUGUUUUAUUAAUAUUUUGUUAUUUUUUAUUUUAUUAUUUUUAAUAUUAUUUUAUUUAUUUAUUUAUUCGUCCCCCCUCCUUGCUUGUUAGCUGGCUGGGGAGGGGGGUUCUCAAUCCCUGGUGGUCCAGUGGCAUUGGCAGUUCAGUGGAGGGGGGCUGGCAGGAAGCACUUACCUCUCCUGCAGCUCCCUUCUCCUCCGCGCUGGUCCGUUCAGCUCCUCUGUCAGCUCACACUGUAAGUCUCGCGAGAGCCGCACUAUGACCCCGCAGCUCUCGCGAGACUUACACUGGGAGCUGACCGAGCUGCUGACCGGACCAGCGCGGAGGAGGAGGGAGCUGACAGGAGCUGCAGGAAGGUAAGUAACAGCUCUGCCAGCACCCAGUCUGGAAUAUGGCAAUGUAAAUUGCCAUAAUACAGACAGUGACUCGAGUAUAAGCUGAGUUGGGGUUUUUCAGCACAAAAAAUGUGCUGAAAAACUCGGCUUAUACUCGAGUAUAUACAGUAUUUGCUGUUUAAUCCUUAACGUUCUCAAAAAUUAGUAAAUAUGAAAGCAAAAUUGCGGCAUAACUAACAGGCCAGUAGUUUUACAACUAAUCUCACACAGAUGAAAAUUUUAUGUGUAGGCUUAGAAAAGUAUGAGUACGGUUACUAGCUACAUGUGGACAUUAACUAGUUGUUAUUUUUGCCAUUUAUAUAGUGCCAACAGUUCCCGUAGCGCUUUACAAUAUUAUGAGGGGGGGAAUUUAACUAUAAAUAGGACAAUUACAAGAAAACUUACAGGAAUAAUAGGUUGAAGAGGACCCUGCUCAAACGAGAUUAGUCUAUAGGAGGUGGUGUGUAAAACACAAUAGGACAGGGAAUAGCAAUCAAAAUAGGUGGGAGUGAAGCAGAGGUGGAGGAGAGAGUAGAGUGCUGCCCUUCAGGAAAGCGAAAUGGACAGGUAUGUGAGGUGUUUACUCUGGAAGGCCAUAAGCUGUCCUAAAAAGAUUGGUUGUAAGGCACUUCUUAAACGAUUGGAGACUAGAUGGGAGAGUCUGAUGUAGGUAGGCAGGCUGUUCCAUAGAAAGCGAGCCGCCCGCAAGAAGUCCUGCGAACGUGAGUUGGCUGUACGGGUGCGAGUAGUGGACAGGAGAGCGGAGAGACCGAGAAGGGUCAUACCUAUGGAUCUGUAAAGAGAUAUGAGGGGCUAGAAUUGGUCAAUGCUUUAUAGGUAUGGGUUAGCAUUUUGAAUUGACUCCUAUAGGAUACAGGAAGCCAAUGUAAGGACUGACAAAGGGGUGAGGUGUGAGCGGACCGAUUACCGAGGAAAACCAGUCUGGCGGCAGCAUUUAUUUCAGACUGUAGCAGGGCAAUACGGUUUUUGGGAAGACCAAUUAGGGGAGAGGGUUCCAAUAAUCCACGCAGGAAAUUACUAGGAUGCGGGCCAUGUUUUUAAGAUUUAAUCAACAGAAUUUGGUAACAUGCUGGAUGUGAGGCUCAAAGGUGAGGCUAGAAUCAAAUAUGACACAAAGACAGCGCACUUGCAAGGAUGGACUGAUGUGGAUACCACUGACUUGAAGGGAGAGCAAAAGAAGAGGAUCGGUAUUAGGAGUAGGAAAGACCAGGAGUUCAGUUUUAGAGAGAUUGUGUUUCAGAAAGCAGGAGGACAUCCAGUCAGAGGUGGAAGAAAGGCAAGCAGUGACACAUUGCAGGACGGCAGGGGAGAGGGUCCAGGGAAGAGCGAUAUCUGGGUGUUAUCAGCAUACAGGUGGUAGUGGAAUCCAAAAGAGGUAAUAAGUUUGCCAAGAGAGGCAGUAUAAAGAGAAAAUAGAAGGGGAACAAGGACAGAGCCUUGGGGGACUCCAACAGAGACCGGAUGAAUGGAGGAGUUAUCAUUAGAAAAGAAGACACUGAAUGAGCAUUGGGAGAGAUAGGAGGAAAACCGAGAGGACAGUGUCACAGAGACCGAGUGAUUUGAAGAGUUUCAAGAAGGAGAGCAUGAUCAACGGUGUCAAAGGAAGCAGAGAGGUUAAGAAGUAUUAGUAUGAAGUAGUGGCUUUUGAAUUUAGCUGUGAUUAGGUAAUUAGUAACUUUGAUAAGAGCAGUCUCAGUUGGGUGCAGGGGCGGAAGCCAGAUUAAAGAGGGUCAAGGAGAAAGAGUUGGAAUUAAGGAAGUGAGACAUACGGGUAAAGACAAGUCUUUCCAGAAGCUUUGAGGAAAAAAGGAGCAGGGAUAUGGGAUGAUAGUUAGAGGGAGUGGAUGGGUCGAGGAAUGUUUUUUUUUCAGGAUCAGUACUACAGUGGCAUAUUUAACGUUAGCAGGGACAAUGCAAGGAGAGAGAGCAGUUGAAGAUGUGUGUUAAGGAAGGCACAAGGGGAGAGAGAUCUGAUGAGGUGAAAUAGGACAGGAUUUUUACUGACCGCUAUUUGUUUUCCUAAAUGUCGCGACUGUGGCUUCAUUUCACUACAAUUUGCCGUUAAAAGAAUUCAUGCAAUGGGGUUUUAUUUACUAGAGAAGUAAAGUCUUUCACACAGGAAAAACACAAACAAGUGCUCACUUGCAGCAUACAUUGCUCAAGUGAAGGUAAUGUUUUCAUCUCAAUUUAAGGCCUAUCUCUCAAAGUAGUGCUGUAUUAUGCCUUGGACCCUUCAUUCUCCUUGAGAUAGUGCUUGCCUGCACAGUAUGUGAUCUUGCCAGUCAAUGUAUUCUUAACUUCUAUUUACAGGUUUCACCACAAUUUGAGAAAGAAAACUCAUUUGUCAAGCCCCCGAUGCUUUCCAAAAGUGUGACAGAACAAUCCCCCUCCAAGAUGGACAUACUCUCUCCAAUCCCACUCAACAUUUCACUAUCCCCUAUGAAAGAUGACCGAGACAAGUUAAUGUCUCAGAAGGUGCGACGUUCCUACAGCCGAUUGGAUAUGUCUUUGAAUGGCAGCUCAUUCCUAUACAGUCCCACAAGAAAUUCUUCUUCCGAUAGUUCCACACCAAACUCAUCAGCAAAAUCUGGACGCCGGUCUCUCUUUGGGUUUAAUAAACUUUUGAGUUCUGAGACACCAGAAGAAGACUUGGGAAAAACCACAAAAAGAGACUCUGGGGAGAACAGAAACACAUUCAAUAAGAGCACAGGAGUGAGCAUAUCUGUUGAAGAGCCAGAUCACAAUAUACCUGGAGUGGUCCUUGUUAAACAGAAAAGAAGAAAACGUAAAAUUCCACUUAUAGAGGUAAGAAUGUGCAGAACUGGUACUAGUUGAAUCAAUUAAAGAAGUGAUAAUUUACCUUUGUGUUACAUGGAUGUUUGAAAGUUGCCCUUUUCUUAAUGCAGGACACAAAGUUGCUAUGACAACCCAGAUAUGGGAUCUGGUGCCUAGACUUGUUUUCCUGCUCUAGGACAUCCCACCGGAAGUAAUUUUGAUUACAAUGUGAAAAAAGUACAAGUAGUCAGAGCAAAAGGGAUUCUGUGUGGCAGCCAAACAAACACGGCUGCCUGCUUCUGGGGUUUGUCUGUAGGUUUCAUGUACUCCUCUCCCUCCAAUACACCACAGCUGGCUGUUUUGUUGGUGGAUGUAUUUUGUUGUCCUGUCUCUUUUGCCUUCUUUACAAGCAGCAGUGCGCACAGGGAAUCUGACUGCAGCCUGUUGAGGAGGCAUUUAAAUGACGUGAAAGUGAAUGAGUGAAUAAAGGCUGGAGGAAUACAUGUGAAGGUGGUGGGAGUCAGCAGAGUUCUAAAUGGAGAGCCAGAAUAAGAGUAUAGCUGGAAUGUACAGGCCUAUUCACUAAAGUGUGAAUUCAAGACCAGAGUGACUGAAAGGACUUUUCAAGUUCAGCUCUUUUGACCUUACAUUUGGAAUCCACCUUAAAUUCUCACUUUAGUGAAUAACCCUGGUAGUCUGUGUGGACAGAAUCUUAUCUCAGUAACUACACUACUUCUCAGUGUAAUUAGAUGUUACCAAGAUGCCAGAAACAAAGAUUCAACCAAUGGCGUACCUUUUAGCCCACAGCCCAAUAUAUCUACUAAUUGGUUACAAUUUUAAGAGGACACACUACAUUAGAACCACUAAAGCUUAUUCCGAAGGUUUUGGUGUAAAGAGACUGUUCCUGUAGUCUGAUAAAUGGAAACACAACCAUUUCACAGCAAAGGUGUAUUUACAUUUGUCCCUUAGGCCACCUCUAGUGGCUGUCACUCAGUUGCUAGAGGUGUUUCCUGUAAUAUUUGUAGGACUGACAUUCUGCAUGAAGAUGCCAUAUACUCCCUGUAGAGAUGCACUUGUAUAAUGAUCUCUUUGAAGAGAUGCUGGUUGGUAUGGCAUGUUUAACAACGCAUCUGUAUGGGAAAGUGCUGCGCUUCUCCAUUCCUCUCGCCCCACCACUUGCCCGCUCGAUCCUGUCCCAUCCCACCUCAUCAGAUCUCUCUCCCCUUGUCUUGUGCCUACCCUAACACACAUCUUUAACUGCUCUCUCUCUCUUCUGGCACUGUUCCUGCUGACCUUAAACAUGCCACUGUAGUACCUAUCCUGAAAAAAAAUCUCUUGACCCAUCCUUCCCCUCUAUCGUCCAAUAUCCCUGCUCCCUUUCUCAUCAAAGCUUUUGGAAAGACUUGUCUUUACCCGUGUGUCUCGCUCCCUCAAUUCCAACUCUCUCCUUGACCCUCUUCAGUCUGGCUUCCGCCUUCUCCACUCUACUGAGACUGCUCUCAUCAAAGUCACUAAUGACCUAAUCGCAGCUAAAUCCAAAGGUCACUACUCCAUAUUAAUUCUCGUUGAUCAUGCUCUCCUCCUUCAAACUCUUCAAUCGCUCGGUCUCUGUGACUCUGUCCUCUCUUGGUUUUCCUCCUAUCUCUCCCAACGCUCAUUCAGUGUCUCCUUUCCCGAGCAUACCUCCUCCCCUCGUCCUGUCUCGGUUGGAGUUCCCCAAGGCUCUGUCCUUGUUCCCCUUCUAUUUUCUCUUUAUACUGCCUCUCUUGGCAAGCUUAUUGCCUCUUUUGGAUUCAACUACCACCUGUACGCUGAUGACACUCAGAUAUACCUCUCCCCUGCCGUCCUGCAACGUGUCACUGCUUGCCUUUUUUCCAUCUCUGAUUGGAUGUCCUCACGCUUUCUGAAACUCAAUCUCUCUAGAACUGAGCUCCUUGUCUUUCCUCCUCCUAAUACUGAUCCUCCUCUCUCGCUCUCCCUUCAAGUCAGUGAUAUCCACAUAAGUCCAUCCUUGCAAGCACUCUGUCUUGGCGUCAUACUUGACUCUCUGGCCUCACCUUUGAGCCUCCCGUCCAGUUUGUUGCCAAAUCCUGUAGGUUCCAACUCAAAAACAUAGCCCGCAUCCGCCCCUUUCUUACUCAAGAUGCGAUCAAAGAGCUUGUCCAUGCUCUAGUAAUUUCCAGCAUGGAUUACUGUAACCCUCUCCUGAUUGGUCUCCCCAAAAGCCGUAUUGCCCCACUACAGUCUGUAAUGAAUGCUGCAGCUAGACUGAUUUUCCUCUCUAGUCUGUCCUCUCACACAUCACCCCUCUGCCAGUCCUUACGUUGGCUCCCUGUAUCCUAUAGGAGUCAAUUCAAAGUGCUAACCCAUACAUUUAAAGCACUGAACAAUUCUAGCCCCUCUUAUAUCUCCUCAAUGAUCCAUAGGUAUGCCCCUCCUCGUUCUGUCCGCUCUGCCCGUGACCACCUCCUGACCGCUGCUCGCAUCCGUACAGCCAACUCGCGCUUGCAGGACCUCUCACGGGUGUCUCCUUUCUUAUGGAAUAGACUGCCUACCGCCAUCAGACUCUCCCCUAGUCUUCAAUCAUUUAAGAGCUUUAAAACCCAUAUCUUCAGGAAAGCUUAUGGCCUCCCAGAGUAACCUCUACCUUACAUACCUGUCUCUUUCUCUCUCCUAUAGGGCAGCACUCUACUCUCUCCUCCAGCUCUGCCUCACUCCCACCAUAUUUGAUAUUUCCUGUCCUAACGUGUCUUAUACCCCACCUCAUAUACACUGUAAGCUUGUUUGAGCAGGGUCCUCUUCAACCUAUCGUUCCUGUAAGUUUUCUUGUAAUUGUCCUAUUUAUAGUUAAAUACUCCCUCUCAUAAUAUUGUAAAGCGCUACGGAAUCUGUUGGCGCUAUAUAAAUGGUAAUAAUAUCACUAUUGAUGCAACAACUGCAGCAGUGGAUGUAAAACGUGUUUGAUUAUUUUCAUCCCACCAGCCUUCUUCUUACACGGGAAGCCCUACAUCUAAGUAAAGGAGUAUGUCGAACAUUAAAAAUGCAUGUUUGUAUUUUGAAUGUUGGACUGCUCUUUUAAAUUGUUUCUUUGUUAAAUUUAUUGUGUGUGUGUGUGUGUGUGUGUGUGUGUGUGUAUAUAUCCUCUUCUCCCUCCUCCCUUCCUUCACACCCUCUCCUCCCUCCCUUCCCCUUCACCUCAGGUAAGUGGAUGGUUAAUACAUUGCUAAACACAAAACAACACACCAGUCAAGCCAUGAGACUUGCUUUUCCCACAGAAAUCUCACUUUAACAGUGCUCUCAUUACUGCAAGGGAUUCUGGGUAGGUAUAUGCAAAUGAGCUCAACAAAGAACCACAUUUUUGCCUCAUAAUUCCACUUUAUAUGUAGAUUCCUUGGAGCUUUGAAAAACUACUCAGGAAGAGGAGCAAAGCCAGUGAACCACUCAUGGACAGCUGUUUUGUUGUUAAUGCAACUGGCUUGCUAUGGAGGCUUGGUGUUACCUGUAAAGUACAUACCAAUUGAGUUGUGGUGGGGAAAAAAGUGUGAAUGAAAAGUCUUUUCAUUUAUUUUAAGCAAUGUAUUAAAAUAAAUGUAUGAUUGCCUGGUAGGUGGUGGUGACUUGGACUGAUGGAAGGUAGACCGCAUGUACGGCUCAAAUAGUACAUUUGUUUGUAAAAUAUAUUUUCAUGUAUUUUGUUUUUUUCACUUUAAUAGAAAUCUGACCUGGAUGAAUGGGCUGCUGUCAUGAACGCCGAAUUUGAAGAAGCAGAAAAAUUUGACCUCUUUGUGGAAUAAAAGGCUUAUCCCCAUUAUUGGUUCACUGACUGAGAAUACAAAUAUGUACUUGAUCUACAUGUGAUGUGUAGAUGUUCCUUUAUUUCCGCUCUUUUUGUAUAUGGUUUUGAUGUCGUGGGAAGCAUUUUAUACAGGAUUCAGCUUAUAGAAGUAUUUCUUCAUCUUUUCAGUAAGCAAACAAAAUUUUGUUUGACAAUACAUGUGUUGAUAAAACGAGUCUUUAAAAACAAUGCAAACUCCAGUUUAAUAGUGUCCUAGCUCUACGGGAAAUGGAUCUCGAUAAUGGAAACCGCUCACCGUAUAUUCAUUUCAUGUACCAAAUAAUGGAGAGAACUGCCCGUUGUCUUUAGAAUAGAUUUGGUCCUUCUUGGAAUGCUGUCGUCAUACAAUUCCUGAACCAUAUGUAGUGGGAUGUUGCACUACCAAGGCUCCAGUUCUCCCAGGAAUCAGAAUUGGAAAGCUGAUCCAAAUUACACCCUAUUUUGCAACAAUGAAGACUUCACUAUAAGAUUUGAAAAUUCAUUCUCUGACAUGUCAUGCUGAAAACCUAACUAAUCUAACUUAUCUUGCAGCAGGGUUUGUAAUUGUGCUUUAAUUAUGUUGGACUUUUUUCAUGUUCGGUUUGUUUAGACCACCAUCAUUGGUAUGUUUCAGACAUAUGUUCUGUGUCAACCCAUAUUUUCUCUGCCUUUAAGUUACCGUUGCAACAACUUUUUGGAAAUCUGACGAACUAAUAUAUCUUUCUUUUAAUUCUCCCAUUACUUUUAUAUAAUAUUCAGUCUGUUUUAUUAAAGCUAAUGUAUCAAGAGGAAUUGUAAUUUCUAUCUAUACACUGUGAUGUGUACCCUUUCCUGAUAGCUUAGGAAUCCUGGCAGUCAAUGCCCAAAUCUAAGUUUUCUAGAUUGAUAAUUUCAAGCAAAAAGAUUUUACUGGUACCUUAGUGAACUGUAACAACGUAUAAAGGUUUUAUUUUUGUGACACAUAAUGUAUAUUAGUAUACAAUACCUGUCAAGCGUGCAAAUAACUGUGUAUAUGACAAAUACACAAUGAAGACCAUAUCACUCUACAAAUUUACUUAAACUCAAAUAAAGUAGACUUGUUUUUUCAUGAACUUUUUUAUUUUUACUAAGCAGUUAUGCAGUUUAAUAUAGUUUAUCUAUAUUUUAUAUCCUUUUGUGGGAACAGAAGUUGUUGACAGAUGUGCGCCUUACUAUCAAAGCAACCAGACCUGCUCAAAAGUGGUGAACUUAUUGGUAACUUUACCUUCAAUAUAAAACUUUGUGGUUACUUUGUGUUUAGCUAGCCUUUUGUACAUGCUAUUUUAUAUUUAUUAUGGUUUAUUUCUGG